GGACUGCACCUUGAGAAGGAGAUGUGAGGUUGGGAGCGGUGGGCACCGUCCAGGGGCUGAGGCAGGGCGGGCAGAAGGCACAUGUCUUCGUAGCCCCACACCGGCUGCGGAGCCCCGGUGACGAGUCCCUGAACCCUAUAGCCUGCCCUUUGAGGGACCAGAGGGUGACCAUAGAACCAAACCAGGAAGAGCAGGUACAUCCGUCCCGGGAAGCCAUGCCAAACCUCCCCGAGGCCUCUGCAUGGCCUCUCCAUCUGCACAGUGACCGGGACCCAGAGAGCCCCAGGAAGGGGUCCUGUCAGCCCUGGGGGCCAGGUGGGCCGUGGACAAAGCCGGAAGCAGACAGCGCGGAGGAGAAGCUGCUCCUGCGGGUGGCUGAGCAGGCCGAGCGGGCGGCCACGGAGAGAGCGUGCUGGUGGGAGACGUGGCUGCAGGAGCCAGUCACCUUUGACGAUGUGGCUGUGAAUUUCACGCAGGAAGAGUGGGUGUGUCUAGACACCAGUCAGAGGCUCCUGUACCAGAACGUCAUGGCCGAGACCUUCAGAAACCUGCUGUCCGUGGAUCUGAUCAUCAAGCUUGAGCAAGAAGAAAAGCAGUGGAGAGCCGAGCUCCCGCUCCGUCCCCCAAGUGGAGAAGGCCUCCCUUCAGGCAGUGGGAAGAAGGCACUUGAGGAAGAGACGCAGAGGCCACCAGACGACAAGGAGGCCCUGGCCUGUGGAGGGACAGGCCCAGCCUCCGUGGCCCCGGCGUCCGCACCUAGGACUCCCGAACUGCCUGCACCCCAGGCCGGGCCGCCCUUCCAGUGCCAGCUGUGUGGCCGGAGUUUCAGCAAGCGCGCCAGCCUGCUCAGCCACCAGUUCGUGCACAGUCCCCACACAACCAGCAGCUGCGGCCAGUGUGGGAAGUGCUUCCGAAACCCGAGGGAGCUCGGCUACCACAGGCGCACCCACCUCGGGGACAGGCCCUUCUGCUGCCCACUCUGUGACAAGACCUACUGCGACGCAUCGGGGCUGAGUCGCCACCGCCGCGUCCAUCUGGGUUACCGGCCCCAUUCCUGCCCCUGCUGUGGGAAGUGCUUCCGGGACCGGUCAGAGCUCAGACGCCACCAGAAGACACACCAGAACCAGGAUCGGGUGGCCGGAGAUCAGAAGCCCAUCGGGACCAUCCCAGGCACCGGAGCUCAGGAGUGCACCGACGAGAACCAGGGGUCCGGCCAGGAGCUUGUGGCUGUGACUCACGCCCUGGUGGCCAGGGCCCGAGAAGCCACGACUGGAACCCAGGGUCCUGUGGCCAAGAUGCAGCCAGGGGUUGACAGGAAGCCCGUGACUGCUGUGAGACUGUGGGCAGCAGCCAGUGCAGCCCCGGGGCCUGGGACCAGGGUGCACACGCCCAGCCCGAGAGCCCCCUGCCUGGACCCCAGGCCCCACGGCCCCCCAGCAAAGCCCUCAAGACUCAAGGUGUUCUCUUGCCCCCAUUGUCCUUUGACUUUCGGCAAGAAAGCAUGUCUCUCCAGCCACCAGCAGGCCCAUGUGUCAGGGCAGCCCCGCAGCUGCUUCCGCUGUGGCAAGUCCUUUAGCUCGUCAUUGGCGCUGGUCAGACACCAGCAGACACACUGGAGGCAGAAGACCUACCGUUGCCCAGUGUGUGAUGUCUGCUUUGGGGACAGGGACAGCCUCCUGGGUCACUGGGGGAACUCCAAAAGCUGGGACCUGUGUCUGGGCAACCUUCAGGUGUGCUGGGCCAUCCUGGGCCAGUGGCUUAGCUUCUUUCAUGAUGCCCCCCCUUUGUCAGGGAAGGAGAUGGACUUGCCCCGGGACUCGGGCUCCCAGGAGAGGGCGCGAAGGGUGGGGAGGGGACACCAGAGUGGGGAGAGCAGAUGAGCCCGGGCCUCGCUGACCGAGGUCUGCUUGUUUCUCCUACUGAUGCGCCUGCAGGGUCAGGGGGCCCCGCACGAG